AUGGAGAUUAUGGAAGAUGGAAAUUUGGUGGAUCGCGUGAGGAUCCUUCUACAGCGUGAUAUGCAAUAUUAUCAGGAUAUGCAGACAGUUUUACGAGAACCUUUGUGUAUUAGAGUAUGCGGUGGGAAAUUUGACUUUCCGCGUCAUGCCUCAUUCGCUGCAAUCAAAAUCGUAAUUUGGUGGGAAGCUGAAUUCAUGGCGGCUUUUAAACGUCCAUCAGGAUUAAGUUCAGGAAAUCAAGAUAAUGUUGAAAACGAUAAUGAUAGUGGAGUAGUUAAAAAAACUCUACCGAGUGAAUUCAUUUUGUUAGUUGUUGAAACGUCAGAACAGCUCUUAGAGCAUUUACAUACGCUGAUACAGGAAUCCCUAGAUCAUGCAGAUCUCACGGUACUUACGGCUACUCUCGGAGCUGCAGCUCUUAUUCGUAAUUGUCUUUGGUGUUAUAAUCAACAAACUAAAAAUGAAAUACACGAAGCUUCCAGUUCUAAAUUACAUAAAUGUUACAAGUCUUUUAAUGAAAUGGCCGAGGCCGUCGCUGAAAGACUUUUGGAUCUUCAUUGUCGUCUUAUUUCACUUUAUAUUUUAAAUGAAGCCGAUUCGUUGAAUUGGCAAAGUAAUCAACCUUUCUGUGAAAAAGAAAGAUGCUCCUAUGUUAUCCAAAUGUGGUGGCUUUAUAUGCAAGGAACAAAAACGGAUUUGUGGAACACCGUCUCUCCGAAAAUGGCUCAACGCAUAUUCUCUGGUAUACUGAAUGAGUCUCUCUCCAUAAUUGUUGCUCGGUUUAUUCAUGGUCGUCCAAGUCUAGCGCGAUCCAUGCAGUUUUGGGCAGAUGCUUUCAAUGUACUAUGUUGUACCGCUUAUCUAUCUCUUGGAAUUUGUACAUCUGGUAACGAAAUGAUUGGAUUAAACGUAAAUAAAUUAUCACCUUAUAUACGCGACAUUCAUGCCAAGUGCAAUGAGCUCCUGACUUGCUUCUUGCUGAGAGGGGCACCACUUAAGAUACUUUUCCAAGUGUUUCGCAAAGGAUUGGAUAAUUUGACAAUAUCCAAACGGGGGUCCGGACCAUCUCCGUGGUUAUAUGUGUGCAGCCCAAAUUUAUUGGGAAUAUCUCAUGCAAAGUGCGAAAGAUUUCAAAAUCUUACUGAAAAUCAAGCAGUUAUACUUGAGCUAAAUGUACUAACAUCUCAGCCGCAGCCCAACUGGAUACAAAUAAUGAAAGUGCUAUCGAUGAACGAUUACGAAUUAUCAAAAUUGCUGCUCACUAUUCUUAUACGUCAAACAAAGGGUGAGAGGUGCAUCGGUGGAAUUGCCGCAUUGAAACUGGGAUUUACAGAGGCGAAGACUGAAAAAAUGACGAAUGAAAAAGAGCAACAUAAUUGCGGCGGCUUUCUUUGCAUGAAGAAUUCGUGCCGGCGUAUAAUGAAAAUUACUCCGGCUAUGGGGCUUUACAGCCUUACUUUUAUUCUCUUACAUACUGGCUGCGACGUAUUGCGAGUAUUCGUGUCGUCAAUUAAACAAGAUCCCACGUGGUCGAGUUAUCUCGAUCGGCAACAGGUAUGGAAUCAAGCAAGACCUCCUUGGCUUAAUGCUCUUUUGGAUUUUUUACAACCAAUCAUGGGGCCGAUCGUAGAUACACUUCUCGAUGCAAUAAAAACGGGCGCAAGCAUCUAUCAAGCGAUGUCCCUGGCGUUGGCGUGCCUUGGCGAGCUCCACGAGUGCUUGCCUCUCGGUGUACUCCAGACUGCCCUUGCCAUGGACGAGAACGUACCCGCCCACUGCCGACCAAUUGGCGGUUCCGUUCUACUUCAGGUAAUGUGUUCGGCACUUUAUACGGCGCUAAUUAAUGUAUCAGUUGACGCAACAGACUCGACGGCACAACAUAACGUCGAGCAUCAACAAUUACAAAGCGAAGUUCGACUUCGAGAGCUGGAAAUAAGCUCGUUUAAUUCGCAGAACAAAUCAGCCUCCGCAAUCGCGUUGUCGGAAGCUCUCUGCAGCAUCGACGAAGAUAAUAAGCAUACAACGCAGAUUGACGAUUUGCUUGACAUUGUUCGUAAGAGCGUGGAGAGGAGAAAAGCCGCGGUCAACCUUCCCGAAAUCGAGGACGUAAUGUGUAUUAUCGAAAGCUAUGCGGAUGAGCUUAGCUUCACUGACAUUGGACGCAGUUCCUUGAAGAUAAUCUACGAAUAUUUGCUACGCACCUCCAAGGUACUCUUAGAUAUGCUAAAGCAUCACAAAAAAAUACAAGACUCACAUGUUACAGCUUUAAAUUCAGUUCCAAGCAAGUCCCUCACUCACACUAUGUUUCACAUCGGUGAAACGGCCUUUGACCGGUUAUUAGUUAACUAUGAGGACAUCGAUUGGCAAUUGAUGUUCGAGAUACCAAUGUCCAUACCAAGCCAACGUGUCCGCGCUCAGGUACUUUCGAGAUCUGAGCUUAUAAACAUUCUGCAGCUGGAACAAGAGGAGCGCGAGGCUGCCAACUUCAUUAAGCAGCUUUGCACUAGUGGAGUACUCACAAGAAGAAAUUGAAAUUGAAAUUGAGUUAGCAUUU